CACCUAGGAAUGCAUAUUAGUCAUCUUAAUAAUCUUGGUAGUACUAAAAUAUAGAGAAGAUGAAAAUGAUAAAGAUGAUGAUAAUGGCUAUGGUGGUGGGGGUUGCGAUGGGUAGUAGUAUCGUAGAUAUGACAUGCAAACAAACACCUGACUACACUCUCUGUCUCUCUCUCCUCCGCUCCGAUCCACGUAGCUCCUCCGCCGACACCGUCGGUCUCGCUCUUAUCCUCGUCGACAAAAUCAAGGCGCUAGGGACGGAAACGCUCGGGCGUAUCAACGAGGCGUACAAAACCAAAACAAUGCUUAAACGGGCAUUGGACGAAUGUAAUCUAAGAUACAAAACGAUCGUAGACGUUAACGUACACACAGCCAUCAUAGCUAUCAAAGGAAACCCCAAGUUCGCUGAAGACGCCGUUGUGGACUCCGGUGUUGAAGCCUCCGUCUGCGAAGGAGGGUUUCCCAAAGGCCAAUCUCCUUUAACCGAAUUGACUCAAAGAAUGGACAAGAUCUGCGACGUGACCAGAGCCAUCGUCCGAAUGUUGCUCUAAUAUCUAUACAUUUCUAGUUUAAAACAUCAUUCUAAAUUAAUAAUAAAGUUCUUAAAUCAUA